GCACUCAGUGUUACUGAAACUCUGAUCAAACCUCUGGAAAGAUUUAGGAAGGAGCAGCUAGGAGCUGUAAAGGAGGAAAAGAAGAAAUUUGAUAAAGAGACAGAGAAGAACUACAGUUUGUUAGAAAAGCACUUGAAUUUAUCAGCCAAGAAGAAAGAGCUACAAUUACAAGAGGCAGAUAACCAAGUGGAGCAGAACAGAAAACACUUCUACGAGCUGUCCCUGGAGUAUGUGUGCAAGCUGCAGGAGAUACAGGAGAGGAAGAAGUUUGAGUGUGUGGAACCUGUGCUGUCGUUUUUUCAGGGUUUGUUCACUUUCUAUCAUCAGGGAUAUGAGCUUGCUAAAGACUUCAACCACUACAAAAUGGCCCUGCAGAUAAACAUACAGAAUACACGAAAUCGUUUCCAAGGAACAAGGUCAGAGGUAGAGGAACUGAUGAACAAGAUCAGAAGGAAUCCUCAGGAACAUAAAAGAGCAAAUCACUUCACCAUGGAAGGCUACCUCUAUGUACAGGAAAAAAGGCCUGCUCCCUUUGGUUCCAGCUGGGUGAAGCACUAUUGCACCUAUAGGAAGGAGACAAAGAAGUUCACCAUGAUCCCAUUUGAGCACAGAUCAGGAGGGAAAGUUGGUGAUGAGGAGCUCUUUGUCCUUACAUACUGCACCAAAAGGAAUACAGAUACUAUAGACAGGCGAUUCUGUUUUGACUUGGAAGCUUCAGACAGGCCUGGAGUCCCUGUGACCAUGCAGGCAUUUUCUGAAGAAGACAGGAAGCUGUGGAUGGAAGCCUUGGAUGGAAAAGAAGCUCUGUUCAUCAAUUUGAAUAAAGCAAAUGCCAAACGAGAGGGAAGUGCCCAGCUGGAUAAGAUAGGGUUCACCAUCAUCAAAAAGUGCAUCAGUGCUGUUGAAACACGAGGUAUAAAUGACCAAGGAUUGUACAGAGUUGUGGGGGUGAGUUCAAAGGUCCAGAGACUUCUCAGUUUGUUGAUGGAUGCAAAAACCUGCAAUGAAGUUGACCUGGAAAACUCUCUGGAGUGGGAGGUGAAGACAAUUACCAGUGCUAUGAAGCAGUAUCUGCGAAGCCUUCCAGAGCCACUGAUGACAUACGAGUUGCAUGGAGAAUUCAUCAUUCCUGCCAAAAGCGGGAGUCCCGAAUCUCGAGUUCACGCCGUUCACUUCUUGGUCCAUAAACUCCCAGAAAAGAACAAGGAGAUGCUGGAAAUUUUGGUGAAGCAUUUAGCAAACGUUUCGAAGCACGCCAAGAGGAAUCUGAUGACCGUGGCCAAUCUAGGGGUGGUGUUUGGACCCACCUUAAUGAGGCCACAGGAAGAAACUGUAGCAGCCAUCAUGGACCUGAAGUUUCAGAACAUCGUCGUGGAAAUCCUGAUAGAAAAUUAUGAGAAGAUUUUCAAAACCCUGCCUGAUGCCACUUUCCCUGAGCCAAUCUCCAUGUCAGUAUCUCCUCCAAAUGCCCCACCAAGGCAAUCAAGAAGACAAGGACAACGUAUUAAGAGGCCUCUGGCUGUUUACAAUCUCUGUCUUGAGCUAGAGGAUGCUGACAGCCACAGCUCACCCAGGGAACACACCCCAACUGGGAGCAUGGAUUCUCUUUCUUCUCAGUCUCCCACACCAGCCUUCUCUAGCAGCCCCCCUGGGCUCCUGGAUGGAAAUCACCUUAUUAUGGACAGUGGAGACCUUGCAGGCUGGACAACAAACCUCCCAGGUCAGAGCCGCCCGUCGAUGGUCUCGUGGUUGAACACCCCAGCUGCCAACCCAGCUGCCACAAGUGCUGCCCCCUCCACCUUCCUCUUCCCUACCCCUGCCCCGGGGAGUGACAGAGCAGUGGAAAGCAUUGCCCACCGAAAAGCAAGAGCAGUUUAUCCCUGUGAGGCAGAACACAGCUCUGAAUUAUCAUUUCAGAUAGGAGCAAUUUUUGAAGAUGUGCAAUUUUCCAGAGAACCAGGCUGGCUAGAAGGCACAUUAAAUGGCAAGAGAGGACUUAUUCCACAAAAUUAUGUCCAGUUUUUGUAG